AGGCCAUAAAAUACAAGCCAAAAGGAAGCGAGAGAAAGGGAAGUGGGAAGAGAAAGAGAUAUAAACAAGGCUGUGUGUCGAUUGCGAUUUUGAGGGUCGUAGCCCAAACUCUUCCGGAUACCUUGACAACCUACAAAGGACUGCAAACUUGAGUGUGACUCUGUGGAAAUAAGAUGCAUGUGAUGGAGCAGGGGAGUGUUCAAGAGCAUGGAAGAAGUAGAAAACUCUCCAAGAUCUGGGUGAUAAAUGAACGUGUUCGGGUGGGACUCGCAGAAGCCCUCAGCACCUAUGUCAUGAUGGUGUUUGGCUUGGGCUCUGUGGCACAGGUCGUGACUGGACGGGGUGCGUUCGGAGAGUACCUUAGUGUCAACCUGGGCUUCGGCCUGGGCGUGGCUAUGGGAGUGCAUAUUGGCGGGAGGGUCUCAGGGGCCCAUAUGAACGCAGCAGUAUCAUUCUCCAUGUGUCUCUUUGGUCGUUUGGGUUGGAGGAUGCUUCCCGUCUAUAUCCUCUGUCAGCUGAUAGGCUCCUUCUUGGCUGCUGGGACCAUAUACUCCCUUUACUAUGACGCCAUAUACCACUACUGUGGAGGGAAUCUGACUGUGUCUGGCCCUAAGGCUACAGCUGGGAUCUUUGCUACCUACCCAGCACCCUACCUCUCGCUUCAUGCUGGAUUCUUAGACCAGGUGAUCGGCACGGCCAUGUUGUUGCUGUGCCUGAUGGCCCUGUCUGACCAAAGAAACCAGCCUGCUCCAUCGGGGGGUGAGCCCAUCACUGUGGGCCUGUUGGUACUGCUCAUAGGAGUCUCUCUGGGGAGCAACAGUGGAUACGCUAUCAACCCUAGCCGCGACCUGGGACCUCGAAUCUUCACCGCUAUAGCAGGCUGGGGGCCAGAGGUGUUCCGGGCAGGUAACGGCUGGUGGUGGGUACCUGUACUUGCCCCCAUGGUGGGAGGAGUCACAGGGGCUUCCAUCUACAAGGUCUUUGUGGAAUUGCACCACCCCUCCCCCUGUGAACACAGGAGGGAGAUAGAGGAUGAGGCUGCGCCUCUGGAUAUGCAGAAAAACCUCAGCCCAGAGGUGUGUGUGUGAGGCACCCCAGCUAUGUGUGCGCACACUUGCUACACCCAAAGUAACUGGAGGAGGAUCCAAUGGAACAGAAACAUCGGCAAACAAUUGGGGAUGUUGUUCUGAGAGGACACUGACUGGACUGGUUACAUUCUCGACGGUCCAAGUCCAAGUGACAGAAUGAAUUGUGAAAGUGAAACAACUGUGAAACAGAGCAUGAAUUCAGUUUGGCUCCCAGGCUAAGGAUGAAUGAGACCACCUCUAACAGAAGUCAAAGCUGCAUAUAGAAGUUGCCUGUAGGUACAAGUCUAGGAUCAGCUUACCCCUCAACUAAUAGAACUAUGGAGCCUUGAAACUGA